CUCAUUCGGAUUGGGGACAGCAGAGAGCAGGAUGUGGCUACUCUAUCCCUCACUGCUAAAGUUUUCCACCCCAUAGUUCUAUCUUUGCCUCGGGACAAUUUAGAUUUUCUGCUAAGAGCCAAAUGUGAAGGCUGCUCUAAGAAACCUAGAGCCCAGGAACCUCGCCAGAGUUGUGCCAAGGCCAGAACCUUGCUAAAGGAAAGGGAGAGGGAAAAAAAGUUUUAAAAUUCUCCAUGAAGUAUACUAUGUUCUGCCAUUUAUUCCCAAAGCUCCUGGAAGCAUUCCUCUCAGGAAAGGCAGAGUUGGCGGCAAGAAGCCGGACGUGAGAAGACUCCUGUGAGGACAGAUUAAUUCAUUUUGUGAAUUCCCCAUGUGGGGACAGUCUUCAAGCCCAGCAAGGCUUUGAGACACCCUGAAGAUGAGUGCUAACGGCAGCACAGCGAGCCAGCCUCUCUGGCAGGACCCGAUGUGCAGUGGCUGGAAGCAGGAUCUGGAAGGGGCUGUCUACCAUCUGGCCAACUGCUUCUUGCUCCUGGGCUUCAUGGGGGGCAGUGGAGUGUACGGAUGCUUCUACCUCUUUGGCUUCCUGGGCACGGGCUACGUGUGCUGCGUGAUGUGGGGCUGGUUUGAUGCCUGCGGCCUGGACAUCGUCCUCUGGAGCUUCCUGCUGGCAACGGCCUGCCUGCUCCAGCUGGCACUCCUAGUCUACCGCCUGCGCAAAAACGCCCUCCCCGAGGAGUUCGAUCUCCUCUACAAGACGCUGUGCCUACCCCUGCAGGUGCCUCUGCAGGUGUACAAGGAGAUUGUUCACUGCUGUGAGGAGCAGGUCUUCACUCUGGCCACUGAGCAGACUUACGCUGUGGAGGGCGAGACGCCCAUCAACCGCCUGUCCCUGCUACUCUCGGGCCGGGUUCGUGUGAGCCAGGAUGGGCAGUUUCUGCACUACAUCUUUCCUUACCAGUUCAUGGACUCUCCUGAGUGGGAAUCGCUGCAGCCCUCUGAGGAGGGAGUGUUCCAGGUCACUCUGACUGCUGAGACUGCGUGUAGCUACAUUUCCUGGCCCCGGAAAAGUCUCCACCUUCUUUUGACCAAAGAGCGAUACAUUUCCCGCCUCUUCUCGGCCCUGCUGGGUUAUGACAUCUCCGAGAAGCUCUACGCUCUCAACGACAAGCUCUUCGCCAAGUUUGGCCUGCGUUUUGACAUCCGUCUCCCCAGCCUGUACCAUGUCCUGGGUCCUGCUGCCCCAGAUACAGGGCCAGAGUCCGAGAAGGAUGACGAGGAGGUCCGUGGGCCGGCCAUGCCCACAUCUGGCCAGCGAACGCCCCCUCGCUCUCCCCUUCCAGCUGCCAGUGGCCCUCCGGCACCUCCCCCCCAGGCCAGGAUGUCCAGGCUGGACAGCGGCAUCCUGGCUUCUAGAACUCCUCUCCACAGCUACUCUCAAAUUGUGUCCAGGGGACAAGCCCCCUUGGCUCCAACCCACACUCCUGAACUUUAAGGAUCAACAGGCUAUCUUUUUCUCUGGCCACACUAAUCUUCACAGGAAGGUCACUUGAGUGCACACCGCAUCUCUCCCCCUGGAAGGCUCACAGGCAAGGUCGGAGCAGACACGGAAGACCAAGGCCUUGCAGCUAACACCAAGGGCCCCAGGCAACUUGUGCAAAUUGACCCUCAACAGCCUUCCUUCCAGGAAAAGGCACCCAAAAGUGUGAAAGCACCAAUCCCAGAUUUCAACCGCAGAAUCUUGGGCAGGUUACAUAGGCUCUCUAAGCCUCAUCCGUAAAGUGGGGGUUCACAAAACCCGUCUCACAGGGUUGUGGUGAGCACUGAAUGAGCUGACUUAGGUAAAGCCCCUCGGACAUGGCGACAUGGCAUGACACCUAGUAAACACUCCAUAAGUCAUUCAGUUUUUUCCCCCUUGUUUCUCUGAAGUCAGCUAGCCAAGAAGUUUUCAUGGUUUGCUUGUUUGUUUGUUUUUCCAGUUAGUUCCAACUUAUAGAAGUAGACAUUUUUAAAAACCUAGUUCUCCCUUAAGCUUUUAAAUUUAACUUACAAAUCUCUUGUUAUGUUUAGGACCCUAGUAUUAUGCAAUAGUUUUUAGAGGGACUUUUACGAACUUAAUUAAAUUUCCUUACAUAUUUUUAAAAUAUAAUUUAUUGUCAAGUUGGUUUCCAUACAACACCCAGUGCUCAC